AUGGCGAGGAGGAUCUCGGCCAGAACGAUCGAGCGCAAUGAGCGAGGGUUUUCACAUGGUCGCCGCAUCUACCGCAGCUCGACCAUGUUGCCGAUGAAGCUUGAAUCGAGCGCAAAGCUAAACAUGCGCAAGGAACGAGUGGCCGCCACCAACGAUCGAGGCAAGACCGGUGACUCGAACGCCGCGCGACAACGGAUGGGCGACAUGGGAGCCGGAGUGCGUAGCUGGCUCGCACAGGACGCGGCCUUAGCCCAGUCUCCUGGAAUGGAGUGCGGACAGAGCUUUGAAGCGCCUGCGCCUUCACCUUCAAGUUCGGGUCUGGCUGCUCGCCAUGCCUCGACCCUGACCCCGUCCCCGUCGCCGCUGACUCGGCUGUCUUUCGCGGCUUUGGCGGGCACCUCUACAAGCAGCGCAAUGGAGACGUGGUAG